AUGCCGAAGAAUAAGGGAAAGGGAGGAAAAAAUCGCAGACGUGGAAAGAACGAGAAUGACUUCAUGAAACGUGAGCUCGAUUUGAAAGAAGAGGGCCAAGAAUAUGGACAAGUGUCAAAAAUGCUCGGAAACGGACGUGUUCAAGUGUUCUGUUUCGACGGAAAACAGCGAGUUUGUCAUAUUCGUGGAAAACUUCGAAAGAAGGUUUGGAUCAAUGUUGGAGAUAUUAUAUUGGUCGGAUUGAGAGAUUAUCAAGAUGAUAAGGGAGACGUUAUUUUGAAAUAUACGCCAGAUGAGGCGAGACGAUUGAAGAACGAGGGAUUGAUUCCUGAAAACGCGAAAUUGAACGAGAAUGAUGAACAAGAUGAGGGAGAAGUCGAGUUCUGUGAGUUCUAGAAAUUUAAAAUGUGUUUUUCCCAAUGACAAAUUGUUAUUUUUCAGUGGACACUGUUGGCGGAGAUGAAGAAGCCGAAGCUGAAUCUGAAGAUUCCAAAGAUUCGGACAGCGAUGAAGAGAAAUCAGAAAGUGAGUUGAACUUGAUGUUUAGACCAGAAAACGUGAAUAUUCUCUCAUAAAAGCAAAUAUUCCUAGAAAAAAUUUCACAUUUCGUAAUAAAAUUAAAAACGUGACCUCCACGCUAUCAUCUCCCCUAUAAAAAAACGCUCAAAAAAAAUGAAUCUUCGCUGUCCGCAAUGAACACCAUGACGCAAACUUGCACAGAAACGCGAUUGGGCAGCUUGCCAAUUAAAGGGAGGACGAGUUGAAUGGCUAACCGGGUCUCGUCGCGAUGCACUGCUCCAUCGAUUAUUUUCAUUAUUUUUUCUUUUUCCCCUUUUUUUGAUUUUCGCCGCAGUUUUCGAAAUGGAGGAUGCGAUUCGUAAGUGAAACUCAGCCCUUUCUACUCAACACAACCUACUAAUUUCCAGGCAGAAUAUUUGCGUGUUCAGCACAGUUUGGUGUAUCGGCAAUUGUCGAAAAGUGAGUUUCGCGGCUGAAAUUCUGACUAAAAUAUGAAAUUCUAGAGAAACAUUGAUUUUUUCAGAAGAGCGCAAGCAAUUUUCGGCGCAACAAAAACAGCAAUCAGCCAGGAAUUUGGGAUUGGUGCCAAAUACUGUGCAGGAGGUUAUUGUGUGGGUGUCGACUUCCAAAGAAUUUCCCAAAGUUCAGCCAGUGGUGAGAAAUUCCAAAAUUUCUUUUAGAAGCUCCUCAAAAACUUUUUUUCAGAAAGCCAAUGAUUUGCCGAAGAAGCCAUAAGAUCCUCUCAUCCAGCAAAAUCUGCGAAAAAUGCUCAAAAACCUGCAGAACCCGAAUAAUCUGAGGGAUCUGAUGAUUCAGAAGAUGAAUCUGAAACUGCUGAAAAUCCAGGGAAAUCCGAAAAUGAAGAAGAGGAUUCUGAAGAAGAUUCAGGCGACGAUUCAACAGAUGAGGAAAUUGAGCAAAAAGAGACGGAAAAAUUGGGCCAGAAGUCGAACAAAUGAAGUUAUAAUCUGAAAAUCAAGAAUCCGCUCAAAAAGCCCUGCCAAAGACCAAUGAUAAAAUCGAUAAAGAAAUCGAGAAAUUGGAAAAUGAAGAGGAUUACGAAUUGCCGGAAAUGAAGUGACAAAUUGCACUUUUGAGAUUGCAGAAGAAGUUGAAGGAUAUGAAACGUGAGAAAUUGUUGGAAAACUAAGAAAUCCGGAAUGAGGAGAAAACGACAAUCGCUACUGGAAACUCCGAAAGUGGAGAAUAAUGUGAGUUUUUUUUUGCAAAAAUAACAAUCAAAAAAGUCAAGAAUCCACUUUGAAAUUGAUCAACUGUAUUUACAGGGUGGCGCAUAAAUAUAGGUGCAUCGUUUUUUUGAUGUGAUAAACGUAUUUUCAAAUAUUAUUUUAUGAUAUUUGGUGAAAUCCGAACUAAUAGGGUCCAAAACAAACACAAAUGAUGUUUACAUCAAUAUUUCAAACUAUCAUGAUGUUUGGACCGGUCGAGUAUGUUGAGCUCGGGAAAAAUUUGCACGCACCUAUUUUCAAGUUUGACCACGUGUAACUUCACGUUGGGAACAUGAAACCUAACAUGUUAAUACAUCAAAAUGUUCGAAAACUAAAGAGGAACAAUGUUAAAAACAUACCCAUCAUCAAUAAAUAAUCUGCUUUUUAGAAUUCAUCAGUAUUGAACACCCCCUAAAACAGAAAAAUCAGCCAUUUUUCGCUCGAAUAUUGUUUUUUCGUCCCAGAUUUCAUAAUUUCACAAAAUAUGUUGUGAUCGAAGUUGGAUUCGGUGUAAAAUGAGUUUUUUGAUAGUUUCUAUUUUUGUUACAAACAUAAAUAACGUUUAUCUUACUUUUUGUGCCUUCAAAUCUUUGAAAAUCAAAAAAUCUGAAAAUUUGAAGUUUUGACUGAAAUUCGAAAUUGUUUCGGGACAACCAAAAACUAGGACUGUGAAAAACUCAAAAUUAGCCUUUUUUAAAAUGUAUCAAAACUUUAGAUCAUACAAAUUGACUGAAAAUCAACUGAAAUUCAUGGGUGAAAAAAUUCCUUUGGACCUGCGUGCUGAUUUUCGAAAUUUUGAAAAAUUGAAUCUAAGUUUGACAGGCUUUCCGGUCUUCAAAUCAAUCAGUAUUGUUGAGAACACUUGAAGAUAAGAUAGAUUAACGCAUUAGCUUCAAAAUUAUGUAUAUAGACCCCAGAAAAAAUUUUGAGAAAAUCGCGGUAAAACCAUAUUAAGAAAUUUGCAUCAUGCACCUAUAUUUAUGCGCCACCCUGUACAAUACCUGGAGAGCAUGCUCUGGAAGCACGUUUCUUGUAAAAAGUACAAAUCCUUUUGCUAUACCUAGACAUUUUCUGAGAUGUUUCUGUCCGUUGAUUAAGCGAAUUUCAACGAAAAACAGUUUGCAACUGAAAUAUCGAAGUUUCAUAAGAUUUUUCGAGUUUUGCGAUUAGAAGAGUGCAGAAUAUUUUAAAUUUGAGAUUUUGCUCGAAACAGGAAUUUGUGAAUGUUCAAAAACUACCAGGACCAGUGCAUGUUCUCCGGGUAUUGUAAAAAAAACAAUUUAUCCAACUUUCUUCUAAUUUCGAAAAUGAUUUGCUUUACUUCUGAUAAAUAUUAGGGAAGAAACUAUUAUUUUUAAUUUUUAAAUUAAAAAAGCAAAACUGAUUAAAGUUCAAAAAAUGCAACAAAAACUUCUCUAUUUCUGAUUUUUCAAAAACACUUUACUUGUCGUUUCAAAAAAUAAUGAAGUUUCGCAAUAAAGCGGAUAAGUUACAUUUUUUCAAAUUAUGAUUCAAAUUUAUUUAGGUGCGAACUCAAUCGCCGUCCUUUACGAUGCCGGAACAUUCAACAUCACGAUAAUUAUAAUUUGGUGUCUUGUUUAUUUUUUCAAUAAAUAUAAAUAUGAUGAAAUGACUAUCCUUCAUAAUGUGGUUACUCGACAAUCCUGGUCCCCGAAAUCCCGGUUUCCGGGUUACCAAGUAAGGAGGGUUUACUUAAGAAAUUAUUCAACGGAGCAAGUUGGAAAAUUGAAAAGCUGCUAAGGCAUUUCUGUACAGGGUUGCGUCAUUUUGGUGUCUUAAUGGAAGAAUUGUUCUCGAGCUAAUAAAAAUAUUUGUCUGAAUAUUCACGUGAAUGAAUAUAUUUCAAAAUCUGCACCAAGUAAUCAGAUGAUUAUGUCCAGGUGGUGAAUAAAUAAGUUUAGGCAUAGCGCAUUGGGUCCACUAGUUCCAAAAAAAACUAUGACAUGUUCAUUUCAAAAAUUUCAAUUUUCUUCAGGCGAAGAAGAAGGAGACGGUGAGGAAGAAGACUCCUCCGAUUCUGAUGACGACGAAGACUCCGACGAUUCUGACGACUCGGACAACAUUCGAGAAGAAGAUUUGGCCGCCGGUCGAGGUUUCCGAGACACUCGCGGUAAUCGUGGCAACAAAAACAAAUACGGUAAACGUCGCUAA